UGAAUCGGAGAGCGAAUUGUCUUAUGCUGGAUCUACCCGCCUCGGCGUGAAGACAUUUGAGUGCGCGAAUUCUAAAACUUCUUUCAUUGAUGUGUGCGGUUUAUUUUCCUUUCUGAGCACGUGGAAAUAAGCUUUCUGCUGCUGCAGUCUGUUUAUAUGUGUGCUUGCUUACACGAUCUCCCAUUCCUAAGAAAAAAAAAACAUUCAGGAUUAAUUAGAUGAACCGCUAAAACAGGUUUGCUAGCAUUAACUAUUAUUCUGUCCGAUAAUAGUUCUUGUUGUUCCGCAUCAUUGUAUCCACUUUCUUUCUUUUGCGGUUUUAAAAAGGCGUGUUGUUUAUACAAAAAUGAUUAUGAAGUUUACUAGUUUGGCUCGAACCAAGAGUGCAUUUGAAUGAACCCAUAAUCGUUUCGUUGAUAAUUUUCAUAUUUCCCGGUGUCAGGCAGUCAUAUGGACCUGCGUUGUUUUGAUAAUAAAACCGUCUGACCAAGAUGAAGUCCCUGUGCGACUUUUUGAAUUGUACUUGGGAGCGCAGGGGAGCUUAGGGGAGCGAGGCUCUGCAGACGCAGCGCCGUUGUAUUCUCAGGAGAUUCUCUUGAAUCUGCCGGUCUCCUCGCCAAUGUAAUUUUGAUUGGAUCGAAGGGGAUUUUGGGUUAGAUUUUUUUUACACUGACGUUUUUACACCCGUCCACCAAAAUGAAGAAGUUUCGGAAGGUUUUGGACGGACUGACAACCUCUUCUCCGGUAAAUGUCGGCGGAGCUCCGCUUUCUAGCAGCACUGCCGGUACUCCAACCGCAGCGCCAACUCCCAGAGAAAUCGAAGUGCAGGAGACGCUAGUGUCCGAAAACUUUCAGAUUUGCAAGACCGUUCGCCAUGGCUUCCCCUACCAGCCCACCACUCUGGCCUUUGACCCGGUUCAAAAGAUCCUGGCCAUCGGAUCCAGGACAGGUGGCGUGCGAAUUUUGGGACGGCCUGGUGUGGACUGCUACUGCCAACACGAGAGCGGAGCAGCCGUUCUCCAGCUGCAGUUCCUCAUCAAUGAGGGGGCGCUAGUCACUGCCUGUGCAGACGACACACUCCAUCUCUGGAACCUGAGACAGAAGCGCCCCGCCAUUCUCCACUCCCUCAAAUUCAACAGAGAGCGUAUUACAUUCUGCCACCUGCCGUUCCAGAGUAAAUGGCUCUAUGUGGGCACAGAACGCGGCAACACACAUAUCGUCAACAUCGAGUCCUUCGUCCUGUCCGGAUAUGUCAUCAUGUGGAACAAGGCCAUAGAACUAUCGACCAAAACACACCCGGGACCUGUGGUUCAUCUGAGCGACAGUCCGAAAGACGAGGGCCGGCUGCUCAUAGGGUUUGAGAGUGGGACAGUGGUACAGUGGGACCUGCGGGUCAAGAAGGCUGACUUCAGGAUCUACUAUGAUGAGGCCAUCCACUCGGUCAGCUGGCACCACGAGGGGAAGCAGUUUAUGUGCAGCCACUCAGAUGGCAGCCUGACAGUGUGGAACCUGAGGAACACCUCCAAGCCCUUCCAGGUCACAUUCCCUCAUGGAAAGCCCCAGAGAGAUGGGAAGAAGCCUGAAUCGUGCAAGCCCAUCCUGAAGGUGGAAUACAAAACCACUCGGAACAGCAGUGAGCCGUUUGUGAUCUUCUCUGGUGGGCUGUCCUAUGACAAGGCCGGCAGAAGGCCCACACUGACCAUAAUGCACGGCAAAGCCAUCACUGUCCUGGAGAUGGACCACCCCAUCGUGGACUUCAUUGUCCUUUGUGAGACACCCUACCCUAACGAAGUCCAAGAGCCAUAUGCUGUGGUGGUGCUGCUGGAGAAGGACCUGAUCGUGCUGGACCUGACCCAGAGCAGUUUCCCCAUCUUUGAGAACCCUUACCCCAUGGACAUCCAUGAGUCUCCGGUCACCUGCACCGCGUACUUUGCUGACUGCCCUCCCGACCUCAUCCCCGUCCUCUACUCCAUAGGCGCCAAACACAAAAAGCAGGGCUACAGCCACAAGGAGUGGCCAGUGAGCGGGGGCACAUGGACACUGGGCACGCAGACUUACCCAGAGAUCAUCAUCACAGGACACGCAGACGGAUCGAUAAAGUUUUGGGAUGCCACUGCCAUCACCCUCCAGAUGCUGUACAAGCUGAAGACCUCCAAGGUGUUCGAGAAGCCGAAGGUGGGGGAGGGGCGGGGGGCAGAGCUGGUGGAGGAGGACCCCUACGCGGUGCAGAUGGUCAGCUGGUGUCCCCAGAGCCGGAUUUUCUGCGUGGUGGGCAUCUCCGCCCAUGUCAUCCUGUACCGCUUCAGCAAGCACGACGCCACCACGGAGAUAGUGUCUUUGGAGGUGCGCCUGCAGUGUGAGGUCGAGGACACCAUCACCCCGUCAGACGCCGACGCAAACACGGGUUUGUCAGACUCCAGCUCGCACUUGCACCAGCACCCCCCCGGCAGCCCGGGUAGUGCCAACACUGAGGGGGUCCGCGACAGCAUCCCCUGCUUAAGGGUGAAGAAUCGUCCCGUGAGGAUGCCCCCUGGGUACCAGGCAGAGUUGGUGGUGCAGUUGCUCUGGGUGGACGGGGAACCUCCGCAGCAAAUCACCAGCCUUGAUGUCAACUCUGCAUAUGGCCUGAUGGCUCUGGGGAACUGUAAUGGACUGGUGGUGGUGGACUAUCUCCAGAAGAGCAUCCUGCUCUGCAUGAGCACCCUGGAGCUGUAUGGUUCCAACGACCCCUACCAGCGGCUCACUCGAUCCCCCCGGAGGAGCCGACAGCUCACCUCAGACAACUUUUGCAUGCGUGGCCUGUCUAACUUUUAUUCAGAUUCAAAGAAAAGGAUCCGUACCUCCUACCAGAGCCUUACGGAACUCUCCGACAACCAGGUGACCUUGGAUUUGGAGCGGAGCAGAUCUCCCACCUCAGUUCUACACCCAACCUCCCUUCACAAUGACCCCCGCACCAUGCACGAGCCCGUGGCCAAUCUGAAAGCCAGCCACUACAGUCCAGUCUUUUACUUGCUGGACAAUGUUAGGGGACCCGGCAGAAAGCUAAGUCUGCCAACAGAUCUUAAGACUGAUCUUGAUCACGUAAAUGGACAUUGCACUAGCCCCACCUCCCAGCCCUGUGUUGCUGGGAAACCACGCGUCCCCGGUCCUGAGGGGCCCAGACUGAGCCGGCGGGGGCCCGGCCGACCGCCCUUCCGAAAGGCCCAGUCUGCUGCCUGCAUGGAGAUCAAUUUGCCUGUUUCCCACACGGAAGGUUAUGCUUCCAGGAGGGCAAUGCUUCAACAACUACACGGAGUCAGUAUGUACUCUCACGAUGAGCACCACACCACCGUCUACUCCUGGAGCGAGAGAGAGAGCCGGGAGAACUCCUUCAGCCGCUCGCGGAGCUCCAGCGUCUCCAGCAUCGACCGCGAGACCAAGGAGGCCGUCACCACGCUGCAGUUCAUGGAGUCCUACGGCCGCAAGACGGACGCCCUCCCCUCGCCCUGCCUGUGGGUGGGCACCAGCCUCGGGGCAGCGCUCGUCAUCGCCCUCUCCGUGCCCACCGACGAGGAGGACCGGCUGGAUGAGCCCGUGACGGUGUCGCCCUGCGCCACAGUGCUGAUGCUGAAGGGCUCUGUCCUUCGGUUUGGGUCUCUGACCUGUGGAGGCGCUCUGAUCCCCAGCCCUUACGAGGUGUGGCGGGACCCUCAUGCCUCCGAGGACCCCGACCGCCUCCGCCGGCGCAAGCUGGUCAACUUCUCCCCCUCCUCGUCCCAGGAAGCGGCCGGAGACGGCCACCUGGCCGUGGUGUGCUCCGAGAGGCAGGCCAAGGUCUUCCUCAUGCCUGCCCAGACGUGCCUCUUCGUCCACAACAUCACCGAGUCGUCCUUCGUCCUGCGCGCCGACGUCGUGUCCGUCUGCAACAGUGUCUGUUUGGCCUGUUUCUGCGCCAACGGUCACAUCAUGACCCUCAGCCUGCCCAGCCUGCGCCCCCUGCUGGACGUGAACUACCUGCCCCUGACGGACAUGCGCAUCGCCCGCACCUUCUGCUUCACCAACAGGGGGCAGGCCCUCUACCUGAGCUCCCCCACCGAGAUCCAGCGCAUCACCUACAGCCAGGAGAUGUGUGACAACCUACAGGAGAUGCUGGGUGACUUGUUCACGCCAGUGGAAACACCUGAGGCUCAGAACAGGGGCUUCCUGAAGGGCUUCUUUGGGGGCAAUGCCCAGACCUUCGACAGAGAGGAGCUGUUCGGAGAGGCGGCGGCAGGGAAGGCGUCCCGGAGCCUUGCCCAGCACAUCCCAGGCCAGGGAGGGAUGGAGGGCAUGAAGGCAGCAGCCGGAGGGGUGGUGGGAGACCUGGCCCGGGCCCGCAUAGCACUGGACGAGAGGGGCCAGAGGCUGGGAGAGCUGGAGGAGCGCACUGCCCUAAUGAUGUCCAGCGCAGAGCUGUUCUCCAAACAUGCCCAUGAGCUGAUGUUGAAAUGCAAGGACAAGAAAUGGUAUCAGUUUUAAAUCCUGGAUGAGCGGAAUCAGCCCUCUUCGCAGGAGGACACAGGGCUAUGAAACAGAGAGAGACACAAGACUGGUUUGUGUUUCUGUUCUUCCCGGCAAUAGCCGGAGCGGGAUUCCCAUCGAUUGGCAGAGCUUGAGGGGAUAUGGACAGAUGCCAUAGACUGUGAAAAGAUGGACGCAGGUCAACGGGUUUGUGAAAUUAGGGCCCUUGGUGUUCCCAUUCCUCGCUGGACUAGGUUCAUUUCUGUUUCGGGAUCCUAUCACCAGAAAUGACUCAGUGGAUACUGUAGUAAGAUAAGAAAUAAGCCAAACUGCAUGAAAUGGGAGAAUACUGAGACAGAAAACUGCCAUAUUACAAGCAGCAUGUUUAACAAAAUAAUACAGAAAUAUUUAAUAUAAGUCAAUUACAAAAACUAACUUC